GCUCCUCCCCUCUCUUCCCUCAGAGCCGGCAGGCUGCCAUUUGAUCCAGACUGCUAGUUACAUGAUCUCCUGGAAUACAACGCGCCCUCGCUGCUCCAUGGCUUUUUGGCUUGUGAAGGAUGCCAGCACCACGCUGAACACUAUCAACAUCGUCUGGCCUUUCCUUCCCCUUCCCCUCCUGUGAUCUGAGCCUGUCUAUCUGUCCGUGUCCCUGACCUCUCUUCUCACCCCUUGUCGACAGCCUGUCACCCCCAUCUCCUAUUUAAUGCUGCUGCCCCCUCGACAAUGAUACCAUGCGUUAACUGGCUGCAGCCUUUCCUUGCCUUGAUCUCCUCAACCUUGCUUGCGCGAGGCCACAUCUGUCCAUCCAGCUGUUUGUGUCCGGACCACCACACUGUGGACUGCACAAGCCAAGGUCUAACCACAGUCCCGGACUUCAUCCCUCUGGACGUUCGCCGUCUCCUGCUUUCCAACAACUGGAUUCCCUGGAUCCCCUCAGACUUCCUCGUCUUCUACAGCGAUCUGGUAUACUUGGACAUCAGGAAUAAUUCCCUCUCCCAGUUGGAGCCAGGGACCCUGAGCACCUCCUCCAAAUUGGUCUUCUUGGACCUGGGCAGCAACAACCUGACAGAAAUCUCCUCGGGAACGUUUGGGGAGUCGAGGAAUCUGAUCAAACUUCGAUUGGGGAACAACCCCUACCUAAACAUGGUGGAGAGGGAUGCUUUCACAGGGUUGACGUCUUUGAGGGAGCUGGAGAUGGAGAGGAAUGGUCUCACGGCGCUGGACGUCACGGUCCUUGAAUCUUUGCCCUCCCUCCGGAUGUUGCGUCUGGAGGGCAACCCUUGGCUCUGCAACUGCCACUUUGCCAAACUGUUUGCGUGGCUGACAGAGAACCAAGACAAGCUCCCACAGGGUAUGGAGGCGAUAGAGUGCUCCCUGCCUCUGGAUGGCCGUCGGGUCCCCCUAAGUUUACUCUCUGAAGACAGUUUUCAGGAGUGCCGUGGCGCCCUCACCCUGACUGACUACUUCAUUGUCAUCUUCUCCGGCAUCUCGGUCUCAGUGGCAGCAAUCGUGGCCAGCUUCUUCCUCGCUUCCACAGUCCACUGCUUCCACCGCCUCAGCAAAGGCAGCAAAGGAGAUGAGGAAGAGGGCAACGACUGACGAAGGAACGGAAACAGGGAAUUAGGUUAUCAAACAAAAGUGUUUCUUACUAAACUCUUGCUCAGAACUCAACAAAACCUGAGUGCAAGGAAGAUUGUGGUGAAGCAAUGUAGUAACGGCAUUUAAGGAAAUUGCCACAUCAAGAAACUCUUCCCUUGUCAAAACAAAGACCACACUGGAUCUAUCAUGGGAAUCAGGGACAAGUUGGAGAACAUCCAAUCUAUUGCUUACUGUGCUGACUGUGAGGCGCUGUGCAAUGAGAAGAGCUGUAGCAUUGUGGAGAAAUGAUGCCAAUCCAUUGAGUCUGAUAUUAGUAAAUGUAUUGUAGAUGGAGGUGAAGGGACAAAUGUCUCUGCAAUGCAAGGGAAAUACAAGUCGUGUCCCCAGCAGAUCCGUACAGGUAUUUGUUGGGGUUACAAUGUGGUGCCAUUAAGAAAAGGUCUCCCAACAGGAGCUGACCAGUUAAAACCCAUUUAAAAACCCCAAACAAAAUAAAUUGUAUUAGACAACAUGAAUUUUUAGACAUUUGAGAUGGUCCCAAAAAAUAAAUUAAAUAUUUUAGAUGUUCACACGGUGCACAAAAUAAAAAAGACAAUGGACAAAUUCAUUAGUCAAAUAAAUCAAAGUCAAAGCCCACUGAGUUGUGCUUGGAAAUGAUUUGCAAAAAAAGUACCUGUACGCGUGACCUUUUAAGUCAGACCCCACCCAGAGGGCAGAGGGCUGCACAGACAUGGUCCAUGUUGAAUUCCGCAGGUUGUCAGAGGUUCAGAACUUCCAAAGGACUCUACUGAGAGGGUCCACUGUACAGCUCGUCAGUAAGUGCCUUGCCAAACAACAAGUUGUGAUAUCUGACAUAUUUACAACACUUCAUUUUUUACUGUAAAUGUUUAUUUAUUAUUUUAUUUCAGAUACUGAAACAAAAGUUUACAUUUUAUACAUCAAGAUAUACUCAAAACUGGUCCUGGUAGCUUUGCUCAAAUGCAGUUAAGUGUGUUAAGUUAUAUAGUACGAAUGCCUGACUUGUUUUCAUUUUACUUUGGGUUACCGUGGCAUUUACAUUUUGUUCUCGUUCUUCAGAUGUAGAUUCAAUCAUUUAGGCUAAAACAGUGACAUCAGUCUAAAAUCAUGCAGCAAUUUUAUGUCUUUAAAAUCAGUUUGAGGAUUAAGUUGUUAGCCCUGGCUAAAAUAAAAUAAAAUACUAAAAUAAUUGUGCAGUGCGGUCGUAUUGUGAAAUGAUUACAUGGCUUUGCAUGUGGAUGGAUCAGACUUGCUUUGAAAAAUUGCUUUAAAACAAGUAGAUCACAAGCAGAAUUUAUAUGAUUGUCACAUCAGCUGUGACUCAAAGUCACUAGGCUGCAUCCUUGUAGCCUCCAGCCUUCAGCAGGGUCCUUCAACAACCGUAUAGGCUGAACCGACCGGUCUCUGAAAUGGACUUCCUGCUUGCGUCAUCAGCCUUACCUCCGCUGCUCCCCGUUGCCUAGCAACCUGCUGACCUUAACAAUAAAGGCCUUAAAACCCGAAAAAAAACUUUCAUUUAAUUUAGAAAAAUAUGCUUCUCCUCCGGAGCAUGAUAUAUUUCGGUCUGAGAGAAGAGCUAGUUUCUGGUUAUUUUAAAUUAAUUAAUUAACUUAAAAAAACGUAAUAAUGCAAUCACACUGGAGAAAGAAUGUCUGGCCUGUUACCUCAUCGGGCGGAAAUUCACACUAAUCACGGCCCAUGCGCCUUUGCAGUGGAUGGUAAGGAAUAAAGGUGGUUUCUCAGCCUCCAAGCAUUUAACUUUUUAACAGAACCACGGGAAUGUGGAUGCCCCCCCACGACGAGAUGCCCUGUGGGCCGUAUCGGGUUCCCCCGGAAGCCUCAAGGCUGUGGAGAGGGAAAUGUGAUGUCCUGAGAGGUCCUCAAUGGUACAUUCCCACUAUAUCUUGUCUACCUGAGCUCAAAAAAGUGAGCUAAGUCAGUAACGUUACAGAAUAAAUACACAAAGAAACUGAA